AUGAAGGGUAUCAAACUGCGUGGAGCGCCGAUGUACCUCGACAUGCAGGCCACGACUCCCCUCGAUCCAAGAGUGCUGGACGCUACACUGCCUUUCUUGACAGAGCAAUACGGCAACCCCCAUUCUCGCACUCACAUGUAUGGGUGGGAGAGUGAGGACGCCAUGGAAGUUGCUCGCAAGCAGGUGGCUUCAUUGGUGGGCGCUGAUCCCAAGGAGAUCAUAUUCACUUCUGGCGCAACUGAGUCAAACAACCUGGCCAUCAAGGGCAUAGCCAAUUUUUACAGGGACAAGAAGAAGCACAUCAUCACCACUCAAACCGAGCACAAGUGCGUGCUGGACAGCUGUCGGUAUAUGCAGCAGAGGGGCUGGGAUGUAACCUACCUGCCCGUCGACCAGGAUGGCCUCAUCAACCUGGAUCAGCUCAAGGAUGCCAUCAGGGAGGACACAGCCAUUGUGUCUGUCAUGUACGUCAACAAUGAAAUUGGCACUGUGCAGCCGAUGGCAGAGAUUGGCAAGCUGUGCCGGGAGCGCAAGGUGUUCUUCCACACAGACGCGGCGCAGGCGGUGGGCAAGAUUCCGGUGGACGUCAACGCGGACAACAUCGACCUCAUGUCCAUCUCCGGGCACAAGAUCUACGGCCCCAAGGGCAUCGGCGCCCUCUACGUGCGCCGCCGGCCGCGCGUGCGCCUGGAAGCCCAAAUGAGCGGCGGCGGCCAGGAGCGCGGAGUGCGCAGCGGCACGGUGCCUGCGCCGCUGGUGGUGGGCUUUGGCGCGGCGGCGGCGCUGGCGCAGAGGGAGAUGCAGGCGGACACGGAGCACAUUCGCCGGCUGGCGCAUCGGUUGUACGAGGGCGUGACCUCCCAGCUGGACGGUGUCGUGCUGAACGGCCCCGGUGACCUGGACGGCCGCCAGCGCUACAUCGGCAACCUCAACCUGUCCUUCGCCUAUGUGGAGGGCGAGUCCCUGCUCAUGGGCCUCAAGGACCUGGCAGUGAGCAGCGGGAGUGCGUGCACGAGCGCGAGCCUGGAGCCGAGCUACGUGCUGCGCGCGCUGGGAGUGGAGGAGGACAUGGCGCACACCUCGAUCCGCUUCGGCCUGGGCCGCUUCACCACCGAGGCAGAGGUCGACCGCGCCGUGGCGCUGACGGUCGCCCACGUGGACAAGCUGCGCGAGAUGAGCCCCCUCUGGGAGAUGGUGCAGGAGGGCAUCGACAUCAAGAGCAUCCAGUGGAGCCAGCACUAG